GUGUGUAUAUUCGGGUGAAUUGACGCAGGCGCAGAGCUCAUUCCACCUGCAGCGGCGGCAGAGACAGAAGCGGCACCUGAACCGUCCGCAACCAGAACCAGAACCAGGACCAGGAUCUAGAACAAACAAACCGCAGAACAGACCUUUAUUUUCACACCGGAAACAAACAGGUUCAGAGAUGAUGGAGAAGUCAAACAGCCAAUACGACUCCUUCCUGUUCUGGAGGCAGCCAAUCCCGGCCCUCGACCUGUCCGAGCUGGAGGACCUGGGUUUGAUUGACAGUCCUCUGACCAAUGGCAGCAAAGCAAAAGACAAGAAGUCCAAACUGAGGAGUCAGGACGAGGAGGUGGAGCUGGCAGAGUUUUCCUCCUUUAACUACUGGAGAGCUCCCAUCGCCGACGUGGACGCUCUGCUGGCCGACCUCAACCUGCUGCUCUGAGACCAGCCUCACCUGACCCCAGACCACCUGACCCCAGACCUGCCUCCUAUCACUCUGACCCUGGAUCAGUCUGUGCAGCCCCCUCUCCCCCAAGAAACAUUUUUCAGGGGAGUUACCAAAAUAAGAGUCUGUUUUUCAGAGUAAAAGUCCCACUGAGGACAGAGAGGGUCUGCAGAGACUGAUCCUGGUUCAGCUUUGUGUUCACUCUCUGAACCUGAACUCCCUGAAAACACAAAGAGCUCAGAGCGAACGCCGUCUGAGAGGUUUCUCUGCAUGACAACUGAUCCCAGAUCAUCUAAACCUGAUUCAUGGUCUGUUUGUACCUGAGGUGGACAAAAUAUUAGGGACACUCCAUGGCUGUUUUGUUCAGAGGACGUUCACAGGAGAAACAACACGAGAUGUUUGAAUAAAGACAUUUAGUUUGAAUCUGUUCACACAACUGAAGCUUCAUCACACAGAUAACACAUCACAAGAUAAAUAAAACCAAAUCAAACCCUAAAAACCAGAUCAAAACCAGUUAAAUCAGUUUGAUCAGAUGAUUGAUAAUCAAUAAUCUUUGAUCAUAUUUACAAGAGAACGUCUCUGAGAAAUGUUUCUGUCGUGAACAUAAAGCUCCUCGUAGUAUUUGUCCAAUUCUGAUCAAAUAAUUCAGUUUGUUGUUUCAGAAUCGAGCGAUGAUUCUCAUGUGUCAUAAAGAAUUGAUUUAUUUAUUUAUUUAUUAGAAACUGAAGUUUUUUUCUGUUUCCAUCUGUGCCUUUUUUCUUUGUGUUGAGCUGCUUCUUCAUGAUCAGUCAUCGUCCUGUGUUAUUGAUUGAUUUCUCAUGCUGCUGUCUUAUUGUUUCACUGUGAGCAGGCCUCAGACUGGAGCCACAGCUCCACCAUGUUCUCAGCUGCACUCAAUUAAACAAAAUGUCCUUUUUUGAUCUAAAUAAA